AUGGCGCGUGGAUUAAUCUUCAUUACCGGCGCAACAGGUUUUGUUGGUAGUGCCACCGCUAUCGCAGCAGUUAAAGCGGGAUACCGAUUGCGAAUCUGUCUUCGAAAGCACUCGGAUAGGUUACCGGCUCUGCUGUCGGAAUAUAGCGAACAGGUGGAAUACAUUACUAUUUCUGAUUGGACAGAUGAAGCUCUGUUUAAAGGACAUCUGGAUGGAGCAGACUACGUGAUCCAUCUUGCACAUCCUCUUCCUAGUGGAACAGACAAGGAGUACUAUUUCACUCCAGCUGUAAAAGUAACGGCCGCCUUGCUCAAGGAGGCUGCUCGCGUGCCGAGCAUCAAGAAGGUCGUGAUCACCUCAUCCAUUGCGGCUUUGAUGCCACUUGACGGAAUACCGCCUGGUGGCGUCGUCAAAGAGGACAAUGACUGGGACUUCAACGUCAACGAGGCCGAAGACUUCACAGCCUCAGAUGACCCGCGAGGAAUACCUAUGCGGUUGUACCAUGCAUCCAAGCUGCUCGCCAAUCGAACCGCAUGGGAAUUCCGGAAAGCCGCAGAGCCGCAGUAUGCCUUGGUAACGCUCCAUCCCGUGUUCGUGUAUGGACGUAACCCCACGCAGACAGCUGCCAAGGAGAUUGAGGAAUCCUCAAAUGGUCUUCUCUGGUAUGCGAUCAUGGCCGGCAUCCCUCAUCAUUCCUACUCCCAGGUCCCCGGUGUGCAUAUCGAUGAUGUUGUCGAGGCACACAUCAAAGCCCUGGAUCCAGCCAUCCCAGACGGAUCAAGGUAUCUGCUUUCCGGGAAGUGUGGGAACUGGAAAGAGGUAGCAAAUCUAAUUCAGCGGGAAUAUUCAGGCCUCGGAGCAAAGAUCACGGUUGAUAUUGAGGAAGAGUUUCUCUCAACGGACAGUGGUAAAGCAGAAGCAGAGCUGGGAAUGCAAUGGCGCUCUUGGGACCAGAUGGUGCGAGAUGUAGUAGACCAGCAACUUGAGUUUAUGAAAGCUGGAUAA